ACCUGCGUCUCUCCCCUGCCCUUCAUUCAGCAGUUGUGCAAGGGGCUGUGCCUUCUGCUGUGAGGUGACACCCAAAGACUGACAGCCCUGGGCUGCUGUGUGUUGCACAAUGCUGGCUCCUCCUUGAACCUGAAUGCGCCUCGUGUUUGUAGCUGCUGCCAUUCUGAGCUUCCUCUCUGGCAGCACCUGUGUCUCUGUGGAUAUGAAACUAAUUUCUAGAAGCCCCUUCCUGCUCUGAACCACCCCGAAAUCCUCCCGUUGGCAGGAUUAAGCCCUGAGAAGCUGGAUACUACCUGAAGGGACCUAGCUGAGGUUCCCACACAGCUGAGAAAUGGAUACACAGGAUCCAGUGGAGUGUGGCGGUUCUGAGAGUGUGAGAGACCAGUGCAGGCAACCCAGGACCAGCAGAAACAUGUGUCAGGAGACCAGUUUGGAGCAGGACUGUGGGAUGCCCGAACUGCGACUCCUUCUCCUGGGGAAACGUGGCUGUGGGAAAAGUGCCACAGGAAACACCAUUCUGGGUAAACCGGUGUUUGAGUCCAAGUUCAGUGAUCAACCAGUGACUACAAGGUGCCAGAGAGAAAGUAGGGUCCUGAGGGGGAAGCGGGUUGUGGUUAUUGACACCCCUGACUUUUUCUCCUCAAUGGCUUGUGCUAAAGACAAGCAAUGCAACAUCCAGCAGUGCUUGGAGCUCUCUGCUCCCAGCCUCCACGCGCUGCUCCUUGUAAUUCCUCUUGGCCAUUAUACAACAGAGGAUGAGGAGACCAUUGAGGGCAUCCUGGAGGUGUUUGGUGCUGAAGCCAAGAAGCAUAUCAUUAUUGUCUUCAUUCAGAAGGAUGAUCUGAUGGAUGACUUGCUGCAACAAUACACUGAAAACAAGAGGUCUCUUAUGGAGUUGUUUCAAAACAAUGGAGGCCGAUACUGUGCCUUCAAUAACCUGGCAUAUGGGGGUGAGCGGGACACCCAGGUGCUGCAGCUCCUCUGCAAGGUCCAGAGCUUGGUGGAUGACAGCCGAGGACCAUAUUAUGUGCACUUCAGAACUGAAGGCAGCAGGUUCCAGGAUUUUAAGAAUGAAGCCCCACAUCAGGAGGGGGACCAUCCACAUGGCCCAGAAGAGAGGCAACUUCAGGCCACAGGAUCUGAGCAGGACCCAGAGGCCUCAGAACUGAAGGUUCUCCUCAUUGGGAAGCGUGGUGUUGGGAAAAGUGCAGCAGGAAACAGUAUUCUGGGGAAGCGGAUCUUUGAGACUCGUUUCAGUGAAGAGCCUGUAACCCAGAGGUUCAGAUCUGAGAGAAGAAUCUGGAGAGAGAAGGAAGUUGUGAUCAUUGAUACUCCGGACAUCUCAUCCUCCAGGGAUGUUGAAUCAGAGCUUAGGAAGCACACCUUUCCAGGCCCCCAUGCCUUCCUGCUGGUGGUCCCACUGGGCUCCUACACCGAGAAAGACAAAGCCGUGCUAGACACCAUCCGAGGAUGUUUUGGAGAAAAAUUCAUCGAAUACACGUUCAUUCUCCUCACCAGGAAAGAAGAUUUAAGGGAUCAGGAUCUGGAUGUGUUCUUAAGAGGAAAUGGAGCUCUCUAUGAGCUCCUCCAGAAGUGUGAAUUCAGAUAUAGCACCUUUAAUUACCGGGCAACGGGGCAAGAGGAGCAAAGGCAGGUAGAUGAGCUCCUGCACACAAUCCAGAGCAUGGUGCAUCAGAAGGCGAGCAGGCCUUGUGUCUUCAGAAAACAAGAAACCCUGAGCAUUAUCCUAGUGGGACGGAGUGGAGUUGGGAAGAGUGCAACUGGGAACACUCUCCUGGGCAGCCCCGUCUUCCUCUCUCAACUGCAACCCCAGGCAGUCACCAAGAAGUGCCAGAGCAGCAGGAGGACAUUGGACUGGCAGGACAUUGUGGUUGUGGACACACCCUCAUUCUUCCAGAUGCCCGGUAAGGAAAAGAACUCAUCCUGGCCAGAGGAAGAGGUCCAGCGCUGUUUGUUCUGCUGUGAAGAAGGGGCCAUCAUUCUGGUGCUGGUGUUCCAACUGGGACGAUUCACUCAAGAGGACAAAAGAGCAGUGGCAGAACUAGAGGCCAUCUUUGGGGAGGAUGUCAUGAAAUACACGAUUGUGCUGUUCACGCGGAAGGAAGAUCUUGAAUCUGGGACUAUUGAUGAUUAUGUCCAAAACAUAGAAAACAAAGCCCUUAGGAAUGUACUUAGAAAAAGUGGGUGGCGAGUUUGUGCUUUUAAUAACAAAGAGACUGGCCAAGCCCAGGAAGAACAGAUGAAAGCUCUUUUGACAAUGGCCAAUGACCUGAGGAGAAGUCUUGGAGGACAUGGGUAUCCCCAUACCUGGAAGGAUAUCAGUAAGCGCAUUAAAAAUGCCCAGCAAAGGCACAGUCCCCAAACAUUAAUAAGUAGUCUGAAAGAUCUGUUAAAGUAGGUAGCUGAAGUGCCUGGUGUCUCUGCAAGGUAGAAGCAUCCAGAAGAUAAAGAAGGGUGGGUGGGAUAGAACUGUCAGGAUGAUAGAGGAGUCCAUGGCUUUGAGUUCUUGAGAGAGAAAUGCAUCCUAGGCUGUGAUGCUACAGCUAUUCAGAGGAUACAACCACCUAUGUGGCUGAGGCAGGUAUUAGGGGACUGUAAAGAAGAAAGGGGGAACAAGAUAUAGAAACAUGAAAAAAAUGUUUCAAAAUUAGACUGAUACUAAGGGUCAGGCCAGCUCACAAGAAUCACCUUACCUAUGUAGAUAGCUUGGAGUCAGGACAGACACCAUGGCCAAGGCAGAGGCAACUAGGGAGUCAGAAUACACAUAGCUACACAAGAAUCAGGGGAUCCAGAUACAUAGAUCAGGGCAAUAUCCAGCACACUCCUGGGUCAUAGGCACUGUCCAACAAUGCAGGACAUCUGGGAUGUCCAGGGCUGUCUUGCAAGCCUGCUGGUUCCAUGAUGUCCUGUGUAUCCUCCACUGGCUCCUCAGGGCCAGUGAGUUUCUUUCCUCAUGUGGUGACUAUCCUUUAGUGCUCUUCUUAUUGCAUACCUGCAUGUAAAGUGGGACACAGUCUCCCAUUGCUUGUGGAAAUGGAUGUGAGUCUUUUGAGAUUGUAUUGAUCAGCAUCACAUUGAAAUAGACUAUAAGGAA